GAGCUCAUUUUUUAUUUUAUUUUAUUUUUAUUUUUAUUUGUGUCAUCAAGCCAUGAGUAGUGGAUCAGAUAGCGAAUAUGCAAAAUACUGGAUUGAUUGGUUUUUAGAUACAAAAGGAAAUGAGUAUUUCUGUGAAAUUGACGAAGAGUAUAUUUUGGAUAGAUUUAACUUGACCGGUCUAAAUACAGAAGUACCUCAUUAUUAUUCAGAAGCUUUAGAUUUGAUUACAGACAAUUUAGAUGAAGAAGGGGUGGAAGAUAAUAUAAGAGAACAAAUUGAAAAAGCAGCUCGUCAUUUAUAUGGUUUAAUUCAUGCUCGUUUUAUUCUUACAAGCCGAGGAUUAAUGAAAAUGUUAGAUAAAUAUAAAAGAGCAGAAUUCGGUCGUUGUCCUCGUGUCCUUUGCAACAUGCAGUCUUUGCUUCCAGUUGGAUUAUCGGACAUUCCCAUGACAAAAACCGUAAAAUUAUAUUGCCCUCGUUGUGAAGACAUUUAUAAUCCUAAAUCAUCACGUCAUGCUGCAAUUGAUGGUGCUUAUUUUGGUACUUCGUUUCCUCAUAUGUUAUUCCAAGUUCAUCCAAACUAUCUACCUAAUAAAACCACAGAAAGAUAUGUGCCUCGUAUCUUUGGUUUCAAGAUUCAUGAAAUUGCAAAACAACAUAGAUGGCAAGACCAAGCUCGUGAAGAAUUUGGAGCAAGAGGAAAAUCAAACGAUGAUGGUCGAACAAAUGCUAUAUUAGAUGGUCAACAAAAUACAAAUAAUAAAACAUAAUAAUAAUAAACUAUUAUCAUCCUACUAUCUUUUUUUU